AUGUCAUUACAGAAAGCUAUCAUUGUCGAUUCACCCAAGAAUGCGCAACUGGUGAGCGACCGAGUCAUUCCAACACUGCGUGAUGAUUGCAUUCUGGUCAAGAAUGUCAGCGUGGCAUUGAACCCUACUGACUGGAAGCACAUUGACUUUCUUGCGCCUCCGGGUGUACUGGUCGGAUGCGAUUACGCUGGCAUUGUGGAAGAUGUCGGCAAAGACGUCAAGAAAUCCUUCAAGAAAGGUGAUCGAGUUUGUGGCUUUGUUCAUGGGUCCAACGCCGUCCAACCUGAAGAUGGAGCCUUCGCCGAAUACAUUGUGGCUAAAGGGGACCUUCAAUACAGGAUCCCCGAAAGCAUGACCUUCGAAGAGGCAGCUACUUUAGGACUUGGCGCUACAACCGCCGCUCUGGGUCUUUACCAAAGCCUUCGUGUACCUAUCCCCGCAUCCCUGGUUCACGGCGAAAAGAAAACGUUGGUCUUGAUUUAUGGUGGCUCAACAGCCACUGGAACUUUGGCAAUCCAAUUUGCGAAGCUGUCUGACCUCGGUGCCGAUGUAGCUUUUGAUUAUAAUGAUCCAAAAUCUGCGAAUAUGAUCAACGAUUACACGAAUGACUGUCUUACCCUGGCAUUUGAUACCAUUUCAGUGGAAAGCAGUGCCAAGUACUGUGACAUUUCGCUUUCCUCUCAGGGUGGUGACUAUAGCGCCCUUCUACCUAUUAAGAUUGUGCGCGAUAAUAUCCGAGACCGCGCUACAAUGGCCUACACGGCAUUUGGUGAGAAGUUUACUUUCGGACCAAAUGAGGUCCCUGCUCGGCCAGAGGAUAGGGCUUUCCUUGAAGUGUUCUGUGGAAUCUUCGAGGGUAUGCUGUUGAAUGGAAAGAUCAAGGUACAUCCUCCUAGGAUCAGUGAUGGUGGAUUAAACGGUGUCCUGGAUGGGCUUCAAUUGUUGAAGGAAGGAAAGAUUAGCGGACAGAAGCUUGUGUACAACAUCAAAGACACACUCUGA